UGAAGCGUAUGUGGAGUAGUUGCUGCAGUGUUUAAUUUCUUGCAAAGUGUUAAUCCCUCCGUUCAACAACAUUAUGACACCAAAAGGUGCAUUAAAUAGCAAACGCACUUUUAAUUAAGUUAAAGAGAAGGUGAUUUUAAAAAAAUCCAUAAUGAGCAGCCCAGAGGAGGAUUUGAACAGUGAAGUUACAUCUAGAAUAAAUUCGCCACGAGCAGAAACAGAAUACGGUGACACUGGAACAAGCUCGGGAGGCCCUGAGACACCCAGCACCCUGAGUGGAAGUGUCCAGGUCAGGCGGAAGCAGAGAAAUGCCUUGAAGGAAGCGGCCAUCAUGAUCUUGCCAGAGGAAAAGCUGGCACAGGCUGAACAGAGGGCACGGAUGCACACUGCCAGUGGGGAGGAGGUACUUGCAGUGCAAGAAUUGAUGAGAUGUGUGGCUCUGGCAAGGAUCAUUUUUGGGGAUUUCCACUGGCGGAUGGCACAGGCCCAUAUCAGCCUAGCAGAAGGCUACCUGGAGCUUAAAGGUCAGGCUCUGCAAGCUAAGCAGCACUGCGUAAAGGCCAAGGACAUCAUGUAUGCCAACACUCAGCUUCCGGCAUCUGAGGAGGAGAGGAGGGAGAUCCUCCGCUGUUUGAUCACCAUGUUCCUCACGCACGGUAAAGCCCAGCUGGGGCUUGAAUAUCUGAAAGAGGCUGAGCAGAGUUUGCUGAAGUCAGAGAAGGUGGCGGACGAGCUUCGCCAAGUGGAGGAGGUGACACAGGAAGAGAUGAGACAAGUGGACAUCAAGAUUAAUUUGUCCUUGGGACGGCUCCACAUGAAGGCGAGCAGGUGGGACAAGGCUGUGGCAUCUUGCCAGAAAGCACUUCGACUGGUGCAACUUGACAAGGGCGAAAAGAGCAUGGCAUGUGUCCCCAUCUAUCAGGACUUGGCAGCUGCAGAGUUGGCCAGAGGCAGUCAUGACUUGAGAGUGCAGUACCUCCUGCAGGCUCAUUCCAUUGUGCUGACUAAUGCUCCUUCUGGAGUGGAAGAGGGGAAAAUAAAUCUUGCUCUAGCGGAAGCCUACACUUUGACUGGCAGAGCUGAAGAUCACGAUACAGCAGAGCAGUACUACCAACAGAGCCUGCAGUGUUAUCAGGCAGUCAUGGGACUGGAACACCCUUUGUCACUCUCUGUCCUGGAUAGUUACGGUCGCUUUCUGAUACUCAUCAAAAACUAUGUGGGUGCUUCGAAGUUGCUUCAGGAAUCCCUUCCAGCCAAGCUCUCUACCUUUGGAGAUUUCAGCACAGAGGUGGAGGAGACGUACCACCUGUUUGGAGGAAUUGAGUUAGCGCAGGGACACCAAAAAGCAGCCUUCAAAAAGUUCAAGAAAUGCCUGGAAAUUCAGACCUUUCUGUAUGGUUCACAGCACAAAAAGACCAGAGCGACUCAGCAAACAGUCCAACUCCUGUCCAAGUCUCCAGAACGGACAUUGGCUGAAGGACAGACCAGAACAAAUCACUUAAAGCAGAGAUCUCCAUUUUGUGCUGUGAAACCAAAGCAUGGUAUAUCAGGAGCCAUCUGCGUUAUAACAUUGCUGCAAGCUCGGGAGAGCAACAUUGAAUGCGUGCCCCAAUGUAGCUUCUGUGGGAAAUUUCAAGGAUGGGUGUUAGCAGCAUCUGGGGCACUUUGCUGAAGAUCUGCCAUGUUUUGAAGCCAGUGUUUCUAUAGUAACAUAACAUUGUGCUGGAGUGUGACUUGGGAUGAAAAAAUUAUUUUUGUAAUCUUUCAAGCAGGCUUAUUUUCUACUUCAACCCUUUUUUUAAAAAAACGUGCUAAAGGAACUUUGAAGAUGCACAUUAAGCAGUUUGUUCCAGUCUAAAGCUUUUCUUUCAUCAGCUGAAGACUGACGGAUGGAACACAUUGGAUUUCAGACAGAAUGGUUUCUAGGUUCUUGUCAUCUGUGCUGAAUGGCUGGAAGCUGAGAGAAGCAUCCUGAACAUACUUAUCUAAAGUGAAACUGCUCUAGCUGUAACUUUGUGAGCUGUCUUCCUUCUACUAAAUCAGAGACUAAUUACAGCACC